GAGACCCCGAGGGCCGAGGCCCGAGGACUACACGCCUGCUCCGCUGCCCGCUACUCUGCCGCCUUCCCCCCAUUUCAGCUUUCAAGCAGGCGGCUCCAAUCCCCCGGCGCGACUCCUGGCGGCCUGACUCCGGGGACCGAUCGAGGGGAUGGCGAGGGACCCGGACGAGGCGGCGCAGCGGCGCUGGACGCUGGUGCUGGUGAACCUGGCGUCCGUUCUGGAGAAGGCCGACGAGGUGCUGCUCCCCGCCGUGUACCGGGAGGUGGGUGCCGCGCUGGGCGCCUCCCCGACGGCGCUCGGAUCCCUCACGCUCUGCCGCGCGCUCGUCCAGGCCGCCUGCUACCCGCUCGCCGCCUACGCCUCCGCGCGCCACGACCGCGCCCGCGUCGUCGCCGCCGGGGCCUUCCUCUGGGCCGCCGCCACCUUCCUCGUCGCUGUCUCCGGCACCUUCCUCCAGAUGGCCAUCUCGCGGGGCCUCAACGGCAUCGGCCUCGCGCUGGUCCUCCCGGCGAUCAGCUCCCUCGUCGCCGACUACACCGACGACCACACGCGCGGCGCCGCCUUCGGCUGGCUCCAGAUGACCUGCAACCUGGGCUCCAUCCUGGGCGGAUCCUUCGGUGUGCUGCUCGCGCCCGUCACCUUCCUCGGCGUCGCCGGGUGGCGGCUCGCCUUCCACGCCGUGGCGGUCGUCAGCGUCGCGCUGGGCGCGCUCAUGUGGAUCUUCGCUGCCGACCCGCGCGCCAAGUCCAAGACCACGGCGUCGGCCCCGGAGGAAGCGAAGGAGCUGCUCCGGGACGCCAGGCGCGUCCUCGGGGUGCCCACGUUCCAGAUCAUCGUGGCGCAGGGCAUCGCGGGGUCCAUCCCCUGGUCCGCGCUCAACUUCUCCGCCAUGUGGCUGGAGCUCGUCGGCUUCACGCACUGGGAGACCAGCGUCAUCACGGGGCUCUACCUCUUCGCCACGGCCCUCGGCGCGCUCUUCGGCGGCAUCGUCGGGGACCCCGUCGCCAGGCGGUUCCCCAACGCCGGCAGGAUCGCGCUGGCGCAGAUCAGCUCCGCGUCGGCGCUCCCGCUUGGCGCCAUCCUGCUGCUCGCGCUGCCCAACGACCCGUCCACCGGCGUCGCGCACGCCGUCGUAUUCUUCAUCAUGGGCUUCGCCAUCUCCUGGAAUGCCUCCUCCACCAACAACCCAAUUUUCGCGGAGAUUGUGCCGGAGAAGGCGAGGACGACGGUCUACGCACUGGACAAGUGCUUCGAAGCCGUGUUCGCGUCGUUUGCGCCUCCCAUUGUCGGUGUCCUUGCAGAGCGGGUGUUCGGCUACAAGCCUGUCUCUUCCGACACGAGCGUGGACACGGACAGGGAGAAUGCUGCCGCAUUGGCGAAGGCGGUUUACACGGAGAUCGCCGUGCCCAUGGCCAUCUGCUGCCUGACCUACACCUUCCUCUACUGCACUUACCCGCGAGACAGGGAGCGUGCUCGAGAGGAGCUUCUGAUGGCAUCAGAUGACCGGCUCGGUGAAGGUGCUAGUGACAGUGAGCCGGGUGCGGUUCGUGCACUUGGAGACGAAGAAUCUUCUGUCAGAUCCUUGAAUCAGAGGCUAAUAUCCAGAGAGUAGCAGGCGAAAGGCAGGUGGGGAAGCGCAAGACAGCCAAAUUUACGGCUUUGUGUCGUUUCCUAGAUGAUGUAAUCCUGGUGCUGCUGUUCAGUUUCAGACUCAUCCAGUGGAUAGACUCUGACUCGUCGGAACUAUUGUUACCAGGCCAGCUACCAUGGAGUGAAAUGUACUCAGUAGAUGCAUUUAAAACUGUAUUGAAAUGUUGUUGUUCAAAAAAUUCGACAUGGAAAUGCAACCCUGUAUGAAAAGAAUUUCACAAAACACCCAUAAAAUAGUGAUUUGAAA